ACUGACUCCUCGAAGUGAGGAUGCGUCUAGCGGUCCGGUGACGUCAGUCACGUGAUUUGCAUACCCCCGCUUAUAAAUCCAGUGAUUCUGCGCUUUUCCUCACACUGCUGCAUCCGCUGGAGAAUAAAGCGCUUCGACUACCACGAACUCUGACCCGCUGCAAACAUGUCUGACAAGCCAAAUCUCGAGGAGGUGACCAGCUUCGACAAGAGCAAGCUGAAGAAAACAGAAACUCAGGAGAAAAAUCCCUUGCCGUCGAAAGAAACCAUCGAACAGGAGAAACAGGCGGGUUCGUCAUGAAACCUGCUCGGCGCACUUCUAUGCACUGUACAUUCCACAUUGCCUUCUUUUUCACGUCUUCUCGCUGUUUAACUUUUAACGGAAUAAAAUAUGACCUAAGUCGCAUUGUGAUUGGACAACCAAAAAAAAAAUGCAGACGUCCGUGCAAGCCCUAUGUUUUUGUGCCCACGUACUCCUCUUUUUGUAAACCGCACCACUGAUAUUCUCAUGAAGUUUGUUGAUAUGGAGGAGGAGGAGGAGGAGGAGGCGGAGCCCACUGCUUUGAGAAGCGGCGAGGGGGCGGGGCUAGGAGUUUGAGUGACGCGUAACAGAGACUCGCUCUUGUAACAUCUCUUGUGACCUUGGUUGACUUGCUCAAAUGCUUUAAAGUCAUGCAGUGUUUUUUUUUUGUUUUUUUUGUAUGUUGACGUCUUGGAAUGCACAAUUUUUUGUUUUGUAAUGCAAAUAAAAAUCUGUAAUAUUCAGAUGGA